UCUGUUUUUCUCUUUUAUAAUUUGUUGUAUGUGAAGUAGGGUUGGAUGUGAAUUUUGUUUGUUUGUCCAGUGUCCUUGUGUCCCUGUGUUUGUGGGAAUCUUUGUUUUGCAAUGCUACCUUUGGCAUCCUGGGCACUGGUGCCACUCUUUCUUCUGCCUCUCCUGGGGGUAUAUUUGUAUUUAUACUUAUGGUCUGGAAGAGGAAGCCCAUUUCGAGAGGACUGUGUGUAUCCUCCCAAGCUGCUGGUUACUGAUAAGAGGAGCAGAGACAAAGUACUCAAACAAGGGUUCUCUGAGAAGAAAAUUCCUCCUAACCUGGAUGCUUUGGUUAUUGGCAGUGGGGUGGGAGGUCUGUCGGUAGCUUCAGUGUUAGCCAAAGCUGGGAAAAGGGUUCUGGUUCUAGAACAGCAUGAUCAAGCAGGAGGAAGCUGCCACACUUUUCAAGAACAUGGAUACGAGUUUGAUGUGGGUAUACACUAUGUGGGGCAAAUGCAUGAAGGAGGCAUGCUGCGAGUAAUCAUGGACCAGCUGACAGAAGGUCAACUUCAGUGGAACCGCUUGGUCGAUCAGUAUGACUCCAUAAUUCUUGGAUGCCGUGUUUACCGAAUUUACUCAGGCAAAAAUGAAUUUCCUAAUGCCCUGAAAAGACAGUUCCCAGGAGAAGAAGCUGCUAUCGAUAAAUUUAUGUAUAUGAUGAAGAAGGUGGCCCGUCACGUUGCACUGCUAGGCGCCCUAAAGAUACUUCCUUAUUCUUUGACUUUGCUGCUUUUGCGAUCACGUCUUCUGCACUGGAUUUCCCCGAUAUUUAGGAUGGCAGAGUCCAGCCACCAGGAUAUUGUGGGCAACCUGACCAGCAACAAAGACCUGCAGACGGUGUUUAGCUAUUUGUUUUAUGGUGUGCCUCCAAGUGAUUCUAGCUUUAUGAUCAAUUCUCUUCUAAUACACCACUACAAAAGAGGGGCCUGGUAUCCCCAUGGGGGUAGUAGCGAAAUUGCCUUUCACAUGAUCCCAGUCAUUGAGAGAUCUGGGGGACGGGUGCUGGUUCGGGCCCCGGUGUCUCGGAUCCUGUUGGAGAAUGGCAGAGCAACAGGAGUGGUUGUGCAGAGAUCUGAUGGGGAUGUGCGUAUUUAUGCCCCAGUCGUGAUUUCAGAUGCAGGAAUAUUCAAUACCUAUAAACGACUUCUGCCACCAGAGAUCAAAACAUCCCCAGAGGUCCACUCUCUUCUCUCCCGCCUGCAGUAUGGAAUGGGGUGCUUUUUAGUCUUUGUUGGACUUCGAGGGUCAACUGAACAGUUGGGGUUACAGUCCACCAACCUCUGGAUUUACAAAGAUAAUGAUCUGAACAGCUUGAUGGGGACUUUCUCGUCUAUGAACUGUGAAGAAGUUAGUGAGAACCUGCCCCUGAUGUUUAUCACCUUUCCAUCUGCCAAGGAUCCUACGUAUGACCAAAGACAUCCAGGUCGAUCCUGUAUGACUCUUUUGACCAUGGCUCCCUAUGAUUGGUUCUCUCAGUGGAGAGGACAGACGCCACGGCAUCGUGGUGAAGAGUAUGAUGCAAUAAAAAUGAGACUUGCUGAGAGAAUGCUAGCGAGAGCAAUAGAAGAAUUCCCACAGCUUGCUGGCAAGGUGGAUUACAUGGAGGCAGCCACACCUGUGAGUAACGAGUAUUAUUUGCGAGCUCCGGAAGGAUCUAUGUACGGCGCUGAACAGAACUGCAGUCGGUACCAGUGUGAAAUUAUUACCAGGAUGCGGGCACAGACUGCCGUGCCAGGACUGUAUCUGACAGGACAGGACGUGUUCAGCAGUGGGCUGGCAGGGGCAGUGCACGGAGGGCUGAUCUGCGCCUGUGCUGUUCUCAAUAGGAUCCUGUACCUAGAUAUACUGAUCCUAAAAAAAAGACUUAAAAGGCGGAUGAGACAGAAGAAAUGUGUGUGAGAGAGAUGGGGACACAGAAUGAGGUGGUACACAGGCUGCACACAAUUACGUACAAAUGUAAUGGAAAGAUACACUUGAAAACAACUGUACAUUGACUGAUAUAUACUCUUCGCAUUAUCAUUUUACAUUAUUUAAAUUUCAAAGACAUUAAAUUAAGUUAUAAAUU